CCAGAUGGGGUUGGUUUUGAUUCUCAAUUUCUUUGCCAUGGCUGCAUAAGAGAAGAUGCUGUAGAAGUCGACCCAGUUUUUAAAAGGCUGAUUCAAGGGGAGCUAGCUGAUGAUGCCAUUGGUACAAAGAAAACUGCCUGCUAAAGUUUGAAUGGUACAAAAAACCUUUUGGAAAGUGCUACGUUUUGGUGGAAUCUUUCUUUAUAAUUGAUGGCUGACAUACUAGUUUAAUCCAAAAUUAUUAGGAAAUGUUAUACAGAUCAAUUUUGAUCCCUGGAGUGGACCCUGUAUGAUCUGGUUUCUUCAAUUUUUCUUUGUGCGGUUCAUCUUUUGUUUUGGCUUUAAUGUUACAUAGCUUAGAGGCUUCUAUUUGUUGCUGUUCAGGUGAAACUUGGAGACUUGGAGCUGAGACUUGAGACUUGAGACUUGAGACUUGAGGCUUGAGGUCCUCUUUCUUGUUACUGAAAAGGGAGAGUUGAACAGACAGAAAGGAGGCAGUCGGGUUUCCAGCUCUUAAUGGUUUCAUGGCUCAGGAAAAUCCAGCUCAGGGGGCAUCAUAUGAUCUCACUGAUGUAGAAAGAAGUAAGGAAGGGAAGAAACAUUAUAGAAAUAGAGUCUUCCUUGAUCCCAACAGACCGGAGUUUGUUGUAUUUCUUCAAGAAAGUGAUUAUCAGUUUGUUAAGGACAUUUUGUUGGAGAAGGAAGCCUCUUCAGAGAAAAGAAACCAGUCAAAUUGUAGCAUGUUUGGCCAGAAUAAUAUCUCUUCCAAUCAAAAGGCGGUGUCAUCAAAUGCUCCUGAGAUUCUAAUGAAGGAAAUUGAAGAUUCUGAUGCAAGAGAUGGCCGUUCUUCCAAUGGUGAACAACAUAAUGAAGGCCACAUUCAUCGUUCUGUGACUUCUUUGUCCACCAGAAGCAGCCCUGAGGACUCUCCACAGACUAAAAAUCUGCAGCAGCCUGGAGGAACUGAGAGCUUGUCCAUACCUGAAGACACAGUGUUUAGAAGCCUGACUUGUUCAACUCAAAGCUUCCUUGAUCACCAACUUGCACAAGAAGAAUCCAGUUCCUUUGCAGUUGGAUCUCUUUUCCACCCAAUUCCAUGCUCAGGUAGCGUUUCUCUAAGGUCAAAUAGCAGCACUGCAAGCUCCCAGUCUUUCGCUUUUCCCAUAUUGCCAUCAGAAUGGAAUGGCAGCCCAGUCAGAAUGGCAAAACCUGACGAGAAGCAAUUGAGGAAGCACCAGGGUUGGAAGAUUCGUUUUCUGUGUUGUAAAUUCUGAAGUUGUGUGAUUCCUUUCUUGACACAGUUGAUACAAUUUUCUCCAAUUUGAUCUGGAAUUAAUCGGUGUGUAUAUUGUAAGGAUUGAGUUGCAUAAUAGAAAGUAACAUUACUUCCAUUGGAUGGAUUUGCAACUCAUUUUCUGUUGUUACUUUCAAAAUUUUGAAUAAGUUAUAUACAACAGG